UUGGUGUCGAACGCUAGCGUCGAGAGCCGAGCGCAGAGCCUGCGCAACGAGCAGCCAGCAAUCGAAGAGCAUCGUCAGUCCUUCACGGUGAGCCGGUUCAGUCGGUCUUCUUCUUCGCUCGUCCCCGUUGUUUGCAACAAUCGUCCUCGUAAGUGGCUGCGUAUUCAAAUUCUUCUCUUUCUCUCUCUUUUCUACCUUUGUUUCUUUCGUUCGAUCGUGUCGAACAAAACUAUCACGGUAGUGUUAUAUAUAUAUAUACGGUUUGAAAAGCCCGCGCGUGCAUAACCUUACCCACGCGUACUCGCUGACGAACAAUUAGUGCGUACGAUUUUGUUGGUGGACAAGCUUCUCCUCGAACUCGGGGCUGUUCUGUUUGUGGAUUUCUACCCUCUCUGCCUUCCUGUGGAUUACUCAACAUCCCGCAACGGGAAUUUCUCUCAAAGGGACGAGGCGUAGGAUGGGCCCGACCGCGCGAGCUGUCGUGCUACACUGAAGAGGAGGAGCUCCCCCGAAGAAGAGAGAGAGAAGGAGGAAGGAACGAAGGAUGCCCGCCUCGCAGACCGCCGCCACGGAGCGGCGAAACGAGAGGAUGAUCACACACGAACCGCCAAAAUUAAAAACGACGUUGAAAACGCCUCCCAAACAAGCGACCAAUCCUCUUCAGUUCGUCAAAGUAGGGCCGUGCUCUUUGUAUCGCACGGCUCAGGAACAAUUGCAAAAAGUUCAGGAGGUGAAGAAAAUAAAGCAAGAAGUCCGCGAUGAUCCCGAGGAUUGGCAAUCGAAUUUAGACAACUGGAAGAGCAGUCGAAGGAAGCGCCAGGAGCACAUCAUCGAGCGAGUGGUCGAGGUGAAGAAACUGGAGCUGGAGGAGCACGAUCGGCAGCGUCGUCGGAGCAAAACUUUCUCGGAGAUGAUGGAGGAGAGGGGCAACAGGGGUCGGAAAUUAAGCAUCAGCCUGGCCAUGUACCACGAGGAGGACGCCAACGAUCUGAGCGAUCUUGGUAUAGGCACCAGCAGUGGGAAGAGUUCGGUUAGUGGAGAUACACAUGACGACACACAUAGCGUUUUGAGCGAUAGAGACAGCGAAAUAGAGAAAAAUCACUCGGACGUGGACAACGUACAAAGCGAGAGCGUGAUCCACAGCGAUAUCACGGCAUCGUCGGCGACCACGACUGCAACCACGACGAAGAAAUCUUUCGGUAACGGGUUUCACACCAGCCACAGUCACAACAACAAUCAAGAAUACGAUUCGGCGACCACGGCGACGACCAGCUCCCCGGAGCCCGAGGAGUACACGUACGAGGGCGCGAUUCGAGGUUACGUGUCGCGAGUGUCUCAAAACAUACCGAGGCGAUCGUUGGCCAAUCUGGAUUCGAAACUUGAGAGCGCGAAAUCGACGAACGGCUCGAAGCUGAGCUUGGCCGACGAGGCGAAAUCCACGAUACCUGUGGUGAAGGUCGAUAUCCUGAAGAGGCGGGAGAUAUUCGAGAAAGCAUCGCAGAAGAGCAACGAGACGAAGGCGAACAACAGGCUCUCCGGCGAUUUCACCGGGACGAAAUCGAUCAAGGAGCGGCUCUCGAAUCUGGAGAAGCAGAAGCACGAGGCGGAGAGCGGCGAGAAGGCGGGGAGCAAGGCGUUGAACAGAUUAUCGGGCGACAUGAGCUCGAUCCGCGAAAGAUUGUCCCAUCUGGAGAAGCAGGCGUUGGAGCGGGAGAAGAGCUCCGCUCAUCGUAAACUGAGCGCCGAGGAGUUGGAGACGGUGAGACCGUUGCGGGACAGAUUGUCCACCCUGGAGAAAUACAGCAGCAGCGACGAGUCGUCGGCGCCUGGCGCGGCUCACGAGUCGCGGCACACGAACGGCGAGCUGUCGGCCAGAUCGAUAAAGGAUCGUCUGAGCGCUUUGGACGCGGCCAGGAACAAGGAAACGGCCGACAAGAGAUCGUCGGUGGGCAAGCACUCGCUCUGCUUCCGGGAUCAAGAGAACAGAAUCGACACGUCGACUCCUAGCGAGAGAAGCUCGUCCCCCGACUCGGAGUAUCGCGUGCCGAGAGCGGCUUUCCACAGAAGCCUCGACUCCCUGGACGCGGACGCUUCCAGCGGCCCCGACACGUUCGAGCGCGUGCAAAGCUUGGAGGAAUUGGAUUACGGAAGGCGUUACCCGGCGUCCUCGUCGUCCGCCGAACUGUUGAACGACACCGACCGCGAGGAUUCGGGUAUUCACACGGCCGACGUGAGUUGCUCCGUCAGCCAGGCCGACGAGCCGGUCGACGAGGAUAUCGUGCACGCCAACACGAUCGUAGAGAGGCAGGAGGUGAUCGAGGAGAAGGCCGAGGAGCCACGCGAGGAGACGGCGAGCGGCGAGAAGGUCGGUGAACAAGAGCAGAGCACCGCUGUAUCCGUGAACGAGAUCUCGACGACUUCUGCCAGCCAACCGGACGCAGUAACGGCAAAGAAGGGUACUGCUGACACUUCUGGGGAACUGUCGACUAACAAAUCACAAUCGCAGGCACACAUAGAGGUUACUAACUCUAGUACACUUCGCUCCUGCCCUGCCACGAGCCGCCCGAUCAUAUAUCAAAGUCCCAAAGUACCUCCCCGACGUUCACCUCCCGAAACGCUUCCCAAACCGAAGCCUCCUGUUCCCAAAGAGCACAUCGAGGCCAAAGUAGAUUCUUCAUCCUUCGUUGAAACGAACACCGCCACGAUGUCGAAUAUCAAACUCUUCGCGGACGAGCAGGGGUCCGAUCUCGGUGGCGAGGAAAAGGUUCAGAGCGUCUCGAAACAGGACUCGGCCCCCAAAAUCACGAGCUCGUCCUCGGUGUCGUUAGACCCCGCUGUCGCGGACAGCUCUUCUCUGUCGCCCGCAAGGGUGGCAACCGUUCCAACGAACCUUCAACUAGAGUCUACCUCGAACUGUACCGCGAAAGAAGUUCAGAAGAGCACGCCAGUCACGUCUCCAAGAGCGGCAUCCAAAAUCCCCACCCCCCUUCCUCGUAAAACGAUAGGCGCGAAAUCCUCCCCGACCAGUUCCACGUCCUCUCUGAGCCCGCCCACCUCGCCAUCCUCGCCCAAGACACCGUCACUCAAAUCGAGAACGGCAAACGCGAAGAGCCCAACCGGUCAAUCGUCGUCCUCUCCCCAAUUCCCAAAAGCGUCAGAGAUACCGAUCCCCGUCGGUUCCAACGUGUCGUCUACGAACACGAGCAUCCCUGUCGUAUCUUCGAACCUGGAAUCACAACAAUCACAUCCUCUGAACACAUCCUCGAAACACAUCUCGCACCCCACGUUCAGCACGAAACACCAGGUGACGGUGGGUGAAGAGGCACUGCCUGCGGAAAGACGACGAACGGUGGUGGAAAUUUGCGAAAAGGUGGUGGUACCUCAGGGCAAGAUACCUACAACGCCUCCUGUGACGCCAUUCAUCACCGUGGAUCGCGUCAAUGAGAAGCAGAGCUCACCGACCGAGGAACCGAUCGUUAUCGAGAAAGCGGACGACGAGGAGGCGGCGGUGAUUUGCCAGCCGAGCCAGCCAGUCGAACACGAGGAGCACGAGGAAAAGGAAGCGGCGAUGAACGUGAAGAUCGAGACGUACGAGCCACGGAUCGAGGAGGCGAUCGACGUGCACGAUGCACCUGAGAACGUCUCCGCGCCUGAAAGACCGACGACCUUGACCUUUGGCAAACAGGAAAUGGCGAACACGGUGGACACGAUCAGCCUGCUCAGCCCCGUAUCGCCCAUCUCGAAACAGAUUCUGCCAUUGAAUCUAUCCAGUGACGAGGAAAUAGUGACAGGGUUGGCGUUUCCCCUGGGACCACCGACCAGCGUGGAACCACCAAAGGAGAAACCACCGCCGCCUCCGGUAGACGUCAGUGACGAAGAGAAUCUUCCGGUGGAACCUCUCAAGAGAUUGAACUCCACCCGCAGAAUAAAGAAGGAACUACGCACAAGACGCUCUGAUUUCCUUGGAAUCGAAGGGGUAAACGAUGACGAGCUGGAACGCGAGUUGACCCUGACAAAACCGCCAGACAUGGCGGCGAUCCUUGCGGAGGAGAGACGCAUCGAGCAGCUUCAUCGUCGCUCUUACGACACGGACAGCAAUUACGAGCAAGACUCCAGCCACGAGAGAGAUUCGGGCGUGGAAUUGGGCCACGCCGAGGAUUGGACUAAACAGCCUGUCAGCCCCGAUAUGUCUCAACACAGUCGCCAAAGUAGCGAACCGUUCGGGGCGAGUGUCACGUCUUCCGAAGAGGACGAGAUCACGAAGAAAGAAAAGGAGAUCAUCGAAGUCCUCGAGAAAGAGGAGCAGUGGCGGUACGAGAACAAUCGUGAGAUGAACAGUGACUUGGGCGAAAAAUUGGCGCACAAGCUGCGCGAGCUCGAAGAGGAGAAGAUGCAGUUGGAGAGGGAGCGCGCCCAGGAAGCGGCUCUGCGCCGACAGGAGGAGACGCUGCGUAAAAACGAGGACAACAUACGGAAACAGGAGGAGACCGCGAGACAACAGGAGGUGGCGCGGGCUGAGGCCGAGGCGAAACGCGCCGAGGAGAAGAGGCAGGAAGAGGAGCUGAGGGCGCAAGCAGAAAAGCUGAGGAUUCAGAAUGAAAUCGAGGAGGAGAGAAGGGUUGCCGAUGCGCGACGUAUCGAGGAGAAACGUAUCAGGGAUAUGGAAAACCAAAUUCGAGAACAAGAGAACACGUCAUACGUUGGUGCUGGUACGAACGAUGAAGAAGACGAGUUUGCUUACGGGGAAGUCCUCAGAGUGAAAAGGGAACUGCUGCAGUUGCAGCAGGAAGAGUUGAAACGUCAACGAAACAAUUUGGCGUAUCGUGAACAAGAGCAGCUUAAGUUGGCAGAACAAUUGCAAGAGCAGUGGAAAUCCUUGCAGGAUGUUGCGCACAGCUCCGCGAACAAUAUCCAACAGUUCAAGAAUCAACCACCUGUAAAUUAUAGAUCGUCUAUGCCGAAUCUUCAGCUUCAAGACGUGCAAAGAAGAAGACCUCCACCUCCUCCUAUACCACCGGCUAAACCAUUGCGUUUGAUCGAGCAGAGACAAAGAGAUGUAACUAUCAGGAGCAGCAGGAUUCCUUCGGCUGAUUCGAUUCCUCAGCAAAUGGAUACACCUUUGAGACACAGUGCAUCAGUUACGACUUUAUCGAGCCAUGCUGGACAACAGAUGAGCAAGCAAACGUUGCAGGCGCUCAGUGCAGUUCCUCGGCCACGAAUCGUUCAAAGCGAUCAAUGGGUGCAACGGAGGAAGAGCGACGUGCCACGAGGUGCUCACGAUCUGAAUUAUCACCAUCAUUGGCUCAUUCAGGAAGCGGAACAAAGAAGGAUCAAUGAAAAGAAUCAACGAUCGCCAGGGCGAAAACCUCAAAUGCACAUAACAGGAACGUCGGUUCCUUAUGUGACUGCUCCUACAAGGACAGACAGUAAACCAUUACCCGAUUCUAUCAUACAGACUCUUACGCAAAGAGUGCAAAACAGAGCGCAGGAAAAGCCUCUUCCACCUAGAAGAAGAUUGGAACAUAGUACUAGCCAGGAACAUUUGUCCGCGUUGCAACAUCAAUCGCAGCAACAUGUUAUGCAACCACAGAAACCUCAACAAUCACCGCCGAUGAAUAAUGAGAACCAGGAGAAAAUGUUAAGUGUUAGCGGGAAAAAGAAAUGCUCUCAUUGUGGAGAUGAAUUAGGUCGAGGUGCCGCGAUGAUUAUCGAGAGUCUACGAUUGUUCUAUCAUAUGGAAUGUUUCAAAUGCUGCGUGUGUCACGUUCGACUUGGUGAUGGAUUAAUGGGAACAGACGUUCGCGUUAGAAAUCAAAAAUUACACUGCCAUAACUGCUACUCCAGUGACGACGGUAUCCGCAUUUAGCUUACACUAUUUAUACGUAUGAUUAUAAUUAGGUGUCAAGUUCAGUUGCGUGUGAAACCAAAAUGGGGAAGUGGCUAAUGGGACCACAUUGACUAACUUGAAUAUAGCAUCUCUCGGCUAUAUUUUAUAAGUUAUAGUUGACCAAUUAGCUACCGGUGACACGCGACCGUGACACUAAAUCCCCCUCUUUUCUGUAUAUAAAACUGACAAAUGGUACAAUCGAAAAUGGACGUAUUAGUCCUUAUUUUGCAUAAGAUUAUCUCUUCGUGCGCUUUAAUUUAAAAAUCAAGAUAUUUUUCUCAAGUAACGCCGAUAUAUUUCCAAUCGACUACUAACCGUAGAACGUACAGAGAGGAAUGUGUAAAUAAACGUGUAUUUAUGUAAUUAGCAUAAUGAUAGGAAAAAUUCAAUGAAAUGAAAAGUCGCAAGAAAACAGCUGUUUCUAUCGACCACUGAUAAAAAAUAACGUCGAAUUUCCAUAAGCUCUGUGAAAUAUCGACGAACGAUUCACAUGUAUAUUUUUGUAAUAUAGUUAUCCCGUGCUAUUUAUGAGAAAAAUUCCUCUGAUGUGACGGCUAUAAUAACUUUUCUUUUCCUCAUUUCUAAUUCCCUUGCUACAUUUGUAUCUUUUCUUUAAUUUUUUCUUUGUUCUUUCUUUAUUUCAUUGUUCGUCUAAAUAUUUACAAAUCAGUAGAUGAUUUUAAUCAAAUUAAAUAACACCUCUAUAUUUCAAGAGCGAUCGUUUAGAUUCUAGUUGAUUAUUACGGUAGUACAAUCAUUAACUGUAGCUGCAUAACGAGAUGCAAUUACAAAGCUCGAGUUUUGUGUUCUUUUCUUUUCUUUUUUUUUUUCUCUAUUGAAUUAAUGAAAAAAAUAAAAAUUAGAUGCGUUCGAAGAUUCGAUGACGAUGACUUUCAUUGCCCGCACGGAUUAAUGAUAAUAGUCGUCUUUGCGCAACCGUCGUAUCGUAUCGAAUACGCAUAUUUGUUAUUGUGAAAUAUUGUAUGAUAUGUGUCUCAUGUUAACUGCAAACAUGUAAUUUUAUAUUAUCAAGAAUAAAUGUUUAUUAUAGUGA